AUGGAGGCCGGUUGGUACUGCAUGCGGAGGCCCGCCUGGGGCACUGGCGCGCGGACGGGCGCCAGGCAGUUUUCGCUUCCUCGGCCGAGCUGUAGGGGUCGCGUCUCCAGUGGGCAUCCUGCAGCGUCACCGCACGCGACGUCGCUCACGCCUUGCUCUCCCUCUCGUUCUCCUGUCCGCGCCUGCGCCGCCGCUCUGGCGGCUUCUACGGCGCUCUGCGCCUCGCGCUUGACUUGCGGCGCACGUUCGCUUGCGUCUUCUGCCUGCGCCUCGUCGUCGUUCUCGUCUGCGUCGACGUCGUGUGCGCCGCUCAACGCGAACGGUGUCGCUUCGCAGGCGUCUCUUCGUUCGCCAUCUGGUUUGUCUUCUGCGUCGUCCGCUUCUUCGCCGUUUGGCGCCGCAGCAGCCAUUGCUUCGAGCGUCGCCUCGGCCGCGUCUCGCUAUCGCCAGGGCGAGGAGUCGUCUCGCUCUUCUGCUUUCUCGCCUGAGAGCUCCGCGUUGCCGGCGUCUCUGUCUGACUCCGCUUCACCGUCUGCCUCCGCCUCUGUCUGGCGGCCUGAACAUUCCUCCGCGCCCGCGGGUGCAUCCGCAUCUCCUUCUGAGUCUCCGCUCGCUCGCGAGGCUGGUCGAGGCGCGACCGACGCCGCGUCCUCCUCGUUUUCCGCGUCUGGGGUCUCCCCGCGGCCUUCGUCCUCCUUCGGCGCUGCGUCCGCAGCUGCCGGCGUGGUUGCCGCCUUCUCUCCGCGGUCGCCCGCUGCGGAGGAGCUUCGCGAACAGUCGGCGUCUGCGCUGCCGGCCUGGCAGCGCCGCGUUGAGAAGCGGAAGAAAAAGGAGGAAAUCAAGCAGGCGCUGCGGAGGCGAGUUCUUGCCGACCUGCUCGUGCAACCCGAUGUGGCGCUUGCGCUCGCCAACGACCCGCGGCCGCUCGAGGCUACGACGGCGCACGCGGCUGAGGGCAGAGAGCGCGGCGGCGAGGGCACGCUGCGGGAGAGCGAGAGCGACGAAGCCCGACACGCCGCUCAACUCGCUGAGCGACGGACUGAGGACGUAGGGGGCCUUCAGGCCUCGGUGUGCCACAUGGGGGGAGAUGAGGCAGCGUGUCUGCAGGCGGAGAGCGCUCGCGGCCCCGCGGCUGAGGCGACGGGCGCGGCGACGCGCCGGGGAAGCUGGGAAGACCUCGAGAGAGUGGAAGCUGAGGCUCGGACGCUCCAGGAUCGCGAGGCGCGCCUGUUCAAACAGCUGGACGGCAUGAUUCAGGAUGCGCCGCUCGAGCGGCUUCUUGGGCGAGUCACACAGGAGCUUGCGAAGCAGCAGCGCGAGACCGGAGGAACGAACCGAAACCACGGCGAGCUCUCGGCGCUCUGGAAGCUGCAGAUCGCUGAGGAGCUGCUGCAACUCGACGGCCUCGGCGUCCACGGGUCGCCGAGGCCUUCGCAGGCGAGCGCAGGGGCCGCGCUGGGCGCUGAUGGCGCGGAGGCCUCCUCGGCGGCGAGCACCGCAGGCAGCCCCACUCCCAGUGAGUCGAGCCGCAUAUCUCUUGCUGCACCUGAUUCGUCGGCGCCUCCUUCCUCCACCAGUUUCUCUGCAGCGGCGUCUGCAGCGGCGCCGCGUGUGCUGUCGUCUCGCGAAGAUCCUGCUGCUUUGUCUGCUUCGACGUCUCCUUCGUGGAGCGCGUCGGCGGUAUGCGUGGCGGCGCGGCCGGACGAGGCGCUGGCGAGCGUCUUCCUGUCGGAUUUGCGCCUCCAGCGACGUCUCCUCGCGGUAGUCGCGCGCCGGUGGCGACGGCUCCUGGAUGACUGGCUGGGGGGCCUGCACGACCUGCGGCGCGGCGAGGGUCACCCCCCAGAGAUGACCGACUUCGAGCGGUACCUGACGUUUGUCCUCCUGCCGCAUCUGCGCCGCGUCUCCUCGCAGGCGCUGCAUGUCUUGGAGCGCUUCCGCCGCCGCGACGCGGACGAGCCCGACGCGAGACGGAGGCGGAAGGGGGAAGGAGACAACGAGAGCCGCGCAGAGGCCGGCGGCGGCGCCUCGGCCGCCUCGCCUGCGGCUGCUGCUUCGCCUUCUGUCGGCGACUCAUCUUCUUCGCUGUCGGGACCUGACUCGUCAGCGGUGGCGUUGCCGGGAGCGCCAUGUCGCGAGCGGCGCGUCUGGAUUCUUGCGGUUUCGCUGCUGGAGGAGCUGAAGGACGUGGUGCAGCUCUUUCGCGACCUCGCGCAGCGGCGCGUGCUUCUUCACUUUGCGCCUGUCGUUAUGAGCGCGAUCCACCUCGAGAUGCAGGCGCGUCGCUCGCUCUUCGCGUCUUCGCCGCCCGACGCCGAGGCCGUCUCCGCCGCGGCGUCGACCUCGCCCAUGCCCCCUCCUCUGGAGCCCCCGCUGCACCUUUCGGCUCCGCGCAGUGCAGGUGUCGCCGCGGCAGUCGCGGAGGCGCGUGCGGUCUUCCUCGCGUCGCCUGCGGGUCGCCGUCCGCGCAAGGAGUCUGCGGCGCUGAGUGCGUCGCCCUCGCAGGCCGUGGGCGGCGAGGAGACGGUCUGCGGCAUCCGGGAGGCGGAGGCGAACGACCGUGGAGCCGCAGGCGCAGCGGAGAGAGAUCGUCUCUCCACCGAGUUGCUUUCAAGUCGCGACCCGUGGCCUGCGGCGACGCGCUGGGCAGGUCACCUGCAUGUGGAGGUCCUCCGCGGCUUCGGGCGCAUGGGGCUCUACAGCGAAAAGCUGCUGCACGUCGUCAGCGAGGAGAGCAAGGCCCUCUGGCCCCACGACCUCGUGUUUUUCCUCUUCGAGUGCGGGAGAUACGGCCUCGCGGUCCAACACCUCAUCGACAAGCACGCGGCGGAGGCCUCGGCAUGUGUGGACUACAUCAGCGACCCGCUGCUGUACCUGGCGACCGCGGCGCUUCACCGCUCGAGUAUUUCGCACCGCGUCUUCUUUGACGCGGCUCUUCCUCGCCUCAGCGCAGCUGUUGAGACCUACCACGACCCAGCCUUUCUUCGCACGCUGAUCAGUCUCUGUCGCGCACUCGACCCUCACCUCGAACUCGCUCCAUAUCGUGCUCUUGUCAGCGAAGCGGCGGUCGCCAUGCGCCGCUUCGUACCGCAGCUUGACGUGAAUGCCUCGGGGCUCAUCCUCGGCCUCAUUGGCAACAGGACUGCGCGCACGCCUCAGACAUUCCGCAGCCUUGCGCGGGCGCUCUGCGGGCGACUGGAGACACUGCAGCACGCGUACGCGAUUCGGCAGCGAGCUCGCGAGUGCGAAGAAGACGCGCUGGCUGGUCAGGCCUGUGCAGGGGGCAGUAAAGCGACCAAAGAGACUCCAAACAUCUUCUCAACCGUCGCCUCAGCCUUGACGCUGGGCGACAUCAUCACCUCGCUCGCCUCCUUCAACUUGCGCACCCACCUCUAUCCUCUGCUUGAGGACGUUGUCUGCAAGACGCUGGAAGGUAUUUUGUUUGCGAGGAAGGAGGCGCUGUGGUUUCUUAUUUGGAUCGGCCUCGCGUCGACUCCGAACUUCACGCCGAAGAAGCUGACGCUGGCGCUUCGCGAGAAGAUGUUGGAGGACGGUGAUUCCGAAGUGCAGAACGGGUUAACGGAAAUCAAUCAUACCGUGCAGAAGCUGGGCGCGUUCCACGCCCAGAGGCUUCUGCUUCCUCUGCAGCUCAUGCGCGUCUACGACGCCGAAAUCGCCCGCGUUUGCAUCGACACAUCUCUCGCGAGAGAUCGCGCCUCGUUCAAGCGCCUGGACUCCUCUCUCAGCCUCGUCUUUCCCCUGGCCUACGCGAACGCCCUUCGCUCGGAUCACGCGGCCGAAGCUCUCGCCGUGUGGGACGUCAACAGCGCAAAAGUCUUUCUGCAUGGAAACGCCUUCCGCGGCGAGUACGGUCGAGCGACGAUGCUGGCGAUGCUAUGGUCAGCAGCGGUGACAAAUCUGCAUGUCCAGCAGGUGCAUGUGACGGGCUACCUUGACAAGUUGUUUUGGUGUAUCGACGUGCCGCCGCCUGCGCUCGACGCCUGGGACGCCUUCCGGUUUUCCGCGCUGCCUGCGCCAGGCUACCUCGCCUCCCUCCACGCGCUCUUCAGUCCCCAGUCCAGCCAGAUACGGGCCGGCGCGAAGCGCGGCGCGCGCCCUGGCGCCGCCGCCGCCUCGACCCCGCCCCAGGAGACUCCUUGCGCGCGGGACGAAGAAGAGAGCGAGGCGACGCUGACCUCCUUCUCACCUUCGUCCUUCAACGACUGGCAUGCACUCGACGAUAUUCGGCAGCACGACCGCCUCGCGAUCUUCCAGAUACGCGAGCCGCUCUUGCUGUUGCACCAGGUUGCGGCGACGUAUAUCGCGGACGCCCCGCAUGCAGUCCGCCGGUCCUCCAAGUUCCCCCUCAUCCGUGCCUGGGCGAACGCAGCAGUCGAUCCGCGCGUGGACGAAGAUCGAGCGAUUUCCGGCAUCGUCCAAGAAUUGCAAGAUCUACUCGCGACAGCCGGGAUUCGAAGUCGGGCCUUCGUCCCGUGCAGUCCGGACGAAGACGCUCUGUCUCGGCCCCCCAGCAGCUCAGCAGAGAAGGCGCGCGACACUGUCACGUCUUGGAUCGGAUCUUCCGCUGGGUUCUCUGCGUCGUCUUCUAGCGAACGAGAUGAAAUUGUGACAAUCAACGUCCACGAGUGGAGCGAGGCCCAGAGCGCGGACGCUCGACUGUCUCUGCUGCUGGAGAAGUGUGAGGCGGCGGGCAUUUCCAUUCCUUUCUGCGUUGAAUAA